AUGUCUAAUUUGAGCAGAAAAGAAGAGCUUGAAAUAAAAAAAGCUAGGCUUGCUGCACUAAGGGAGGAAAGACUACAUCGAGAAGCGCUUAGGAAGAAGGGUGAACAUUCUGCAAACAUCUCCCCCAUUCCACAUGUCAAAGGCGUGGACACUGAAAAAAUACUAAACGACCUUGGUGUUGGAGCCGUUGGAAAACGAGUGCUUGGAGUGAAGUCUUCUAGUGUUUUUAAGUCACAAAGUUCUCCCUCAUUGGAGUCUAAAGCUGCAUCACGGAAACCUCUGAAACUUGUUACCUCCGGACUAAAUGAGUGCUCCUUUGAACCAGUUAAUGAGGAGAUGUAUUCUAAGGAAACCCAAACGACAAAUGAUGUUCCUUGUGAAACUCCGUCAAUUACUACUGAUACCUGGCCGGAAACCCCAUCGAUGGCGAAUGGACCUGCUUCCAGGGCCCAAAUGAGCUUGGAAUGGGAUGAUGAACUCUUAGCUGCUGAUGGCGAUGAUCCAUUAACGGACAUAGAAGUUCCACCUAUUUCGAACCAGGUUGAAGUCGAAAAGUCUGUUCGACUACAAGAUCCUAACACUUCGUCACGAAAUAUGGGUAACGAUGGUUUUUCUGUAUUAUAUUAUGUCUUAGGAGAGGAAAUGACAGAUGAGGACAAAGAAAACAUAUUAUCAUCAGAAGCAUUUCAAGACUUCUUCUUGCGUGCCUCCACGAUAGUUGAAGGCGCUCUGGAAGAGGACGAACGUGACAUCUUUUUUGACUACAGCGGUGCUGACAAGGAAGAAGAAUUAGCUAAGGCUCAACAAAUGCUAACCGAGGACUGCAUAUUCUUUGACGAUUUCUGGACGUCCAAACGCGUGGUGACAGCCCUCGACUGGUCGCCCAACCACCCAGAAAUUGUUUUGGCUGUCUAUUCUGCGAUUCAGAGAGACGAGCCGGCUCUAACUCCUGUAAACCUCUAUGCCGCAGCUGCAACUGCAGAUGGUGUCUGCGUGUUGUGGAAUCUGAAGUCGAAGAAAUCCGAGUCAGCACAGGAAUCAGUUUUCACCUGUCAGGCAUCUAUCACCACUGCUAUCUUCUCCGAUUUCCACCCCAACCUUAUUAUUGGUGGCACAAAUGGGGGGCAGAUUGUCAUUUGGGAUAUUAGAGUCAAUCGAGAAACGCCAGUCCAAUGGACAGGGUUGUGUGGAAAUUUGGUUCACUGGGGACCAGUCAGAUCAAUUGCUGUAACAGGAAACCAGGAUACUAAUAACCUCAUCAGCGUUGGUGCUGAUGGUAGGCUGUGUGGCUGGAGUCUUGACAUGCUUGCAAAACCAUUCCAAACCAUGGAACUUGUCUACAAACAGGCGAAGCUUGUGGCACCCACGUCGGUGGCUUUUGUACAAGACUUUGACGACAGUUUUCUGAUUGGCGCACAAGACGGAUGCAUUUAUAGUGGAUGUCGAUGUGGAAGGUAA